AUGAAUGAUGAAAGCAACAACAGGCAUUUGGAGAGAGGGCCAAAUCUUCCUGCACAUUGCCGUGUUCAUUCAGAUUUAUUAGCUUCUCCAUGUUCUCCAAGAGCAUCAACUCUGCCAAGAGGGGCUCUUGUGAUGUCCAAUUCUGGCAAGGCGUUGUUGGUGUCCAAUUCAAGUAAAUGUUUGUCGGUAUGCCAAUCCAGUAAGUCCCUGGUUCUGUCGAAUUCCAGUAAGCGAUUGGAUCAGAAAACCAAGUAUGUGAGACAGGUCACAGGCCGCCACAAUGACACCGAGCUGCAUUUGGCUGCACAGCGGGGAGAUUUGGAGGGUGUUAAGCACAUUCUGGAUGAAAUUGAUGCACACAUGAUGGGGAUGUUUGGUGGGGCUGAUUUUGAUGCUGAGGUCUGGGAGAUAAAGGCAGCUAUAGUGAAUGAGGUGAAUGACUUGGGAGAGACGGCGUUGUUUGUUGCAGCUGAGAAGGGGCAUCUGGAUGUUGUAAAGGAGCUGUUGCAUUACACAACUGAGGAGGCUAUUUCAUUGAAGAACCGCUCUGGCUUUGAUCCAUUGCACAUUGCUGCCAGUCAAGGCCAUGAUGCCAUUGUCCAGGUGUUGUUGGACCAUGAUCCAAGCCUUAUCAAAACAUUUGGCCAAUCAAAUGCGACUCCACUUAUAUCAGCAGCUAGUAAAGGACAUGCAGCAGUAGUUAAUGUAUUGCUCUUCAGAGAUCUUAGCUUGUUAUAUAUACCUAAAUCUAACGGGAAGAAUGCAUUACAUUUAGCUGCCAGGCAGGGGCACGUAGAUAUUGUAAAAGCAUUGCUUGACAAGGAUCUGCAAUUGGCAAGAAGGACUGAUAAGAAAGGUCAAACUGCAUUGCACAUGGCUGUAAAAGGUGCUAAUUGUAUAGUUGUGAGAUUGAUUCUUGCAGCAGAUGCAAACAUUGUCAUGCUUCCUGAUAAGUUUGGUAAUACGGCAUUGCAUAUAGCUGCCAGGAAAAAGCGGGUAGAGAUCGUGAAUGAGUUGAUACAACAUCCUGAGACCGACGUGAACGUACUAACAAGGGAUAGAAGAACAGUGAUGGACAUUGUUGAAGGACUUCCACUCUCUGAAGAAACUGAAGAGAUAAUGGACUGUUUAGCUAGUUAUGGUGGUGUCAGACAUGGUGGUGUUAGACAAGGAGAAUUAAACCAGCUUUCACGAGAUGAGCUUCAUAAUACUGUAACAGCAAUCAAGAAAGACGUGCAUUCACAGCUUGAACAAGCCCGCAAAACCAACUGGAAUGUCACUGGAAUUGCCCAAGAUCUCCGCAGGCUCCAUAGAUUAGGAGUGUAUAACACAACUAACUCAGUCACAGUGGUUGCUGUGCUUUUUGCAUCAGUUGCAUUUGCUUCUAUUUUUGUCCUUCCUGGUGGAGAUAGAGAUGAUGGGUCAGCUGCGGCGAUAGGCUCUGUGUCAUUUAAGAUCUUCUUCAUCUUCAAUGCCAUUGCACUUUUCACUUCAUUGGCUGUUGUGGUGGUACAAAUAACAAUUGUGAGGGGAGAAUUAAAGUCAGAGAAGCGGGUUGUUAAGGUGAUCAAUAAGUUGAUGUGGUUGGCUUCUGUGUGCACUACUGUGUCAUUUUUAGCUGCUUCAUUUAUAGUGCUUGGUCAGCGUAACAUUUGGGCUGCAAUUCUUGUUACUUGCAUUGGAGGAACUAUAAUGGCUGGAGUUCUAACUGCAUUGAUCUAUUACAUAUUGAAGAGAAAGCGGAAGCAAGAAGUGAGGAGAGAAAAGAGAAGAUUGAAUGCAUGGCAUCACUUAGAUACUGAUUUAGAACUCCAAAUGUAUGCCAUUUAAUAAACCUUUGCCGGUGAGGGGUUUCUCUUUUGUUGGAAUGAAGGCAAAAUGUUUCUUCUGAAAUGGAGAUUCAUGGUA